GCGGGUUAUGACAUCAGAAAUUGUAUUGACAAAAUUGAAUGUUGGAAUUAUGCGUGGAGAUUACGCCGUAUGUGAAUUUCUCACGUCGGUAAUUUAUACACAUAUUGGACAUUAGUGCCAGAACAGAAGCAAAUUCUGUUGGGGUUGAGAAUACACACACAAUCUUUCCAGGAAUUCGGAAAAACAUUUAUGACAUUUUUAGCGAAUUUGGAACAAUUUUGACACACUCGCGACGGUGAUAAUGUAUAUGAUAAAACAUUAAGUAUAGUUACAAAAAAAGAAAAACAAUUUUUGCGAAGUUUUAAAAUGAUGGCAGGAAUUAUGAUGUCACCAUUGUCGGGACACCCUGGGCCAACACCGCAGUUAGUAGGCGUCGUCCCCCGGAACCGUACCCCCAGCCCCGUGGGACACACCGCGACAGAACGACGCCAGUCAACCGAGACAGAACAGCGCAAUAUUAGUGACAACAAAUGCGAUAUUACUGAACUUCAACACCGACAGCAGAAGGCCAGUGAUUACGCUAACGGACAUAUGGGCAAUAAUGUUAACGGUGCUAUAAUCGGGCAGACAUCUCCGCAAUCAUCAGCGUCAUCAUCAUCGCCUAAUGAGUCCUCGUCACCGGGAUUAGAUUCAAGUUCACGAGGAUCGUCAACAUCAUCUCCGCUAUUAGGCAACACUCUUCCACACGGGGGACAUCAUUUCGGGUCACCAGGAAGGAAACCAGACGCAUUGUGCCUUGUCUGCGGGGACAAAGCUUCGGGGAAACAUUACGGGGUUCAGAGUUGUGACGGGUGUCGGGGGUUCUUCAAGCGCAGUAUUAGACGACAGUUGGACUAUGUAUGCAAAGAAAACGGCAAUUGUAUCGUAGAUCUCGCCAGACGAAACCAAUGUCAGGCAUGUCGGUUCAAGAAGUGUCUCGAAAUGAAAAUGAACAAAGAUGCUGUUCAACACGAGAGGGCGCCACGAUGUUAUCAGUACAAGAGGGACAGCCCGGAUACAUGUGACCUAAGACCACCCGAGACAGCAUUCCCCGUCCCUCCACAUCUACUACACGAUAGGACCAGGUUUGACUACAGACUUGGACAACCGUACAGCCCUCCAGUUGGUAUGACACCAGAACUUAACCAGACAAGCAUGUUCCCUAGAGGUCCCCCAUUCCCCUACAUGGACAAACCAUUAAACGCUUUCAUACCAGGGGCCUUCAAUGGCAACCACGUGUUACUACCCCAUGACAUCCGGGCAUCUAUACAACAUCCGGGUCUCAGUAAUGGACAUUCCAAUCAAAAUCAUUUAUUAGGGCACAGGGACACUUUACAUCCUUUGUUGAGAUAUAAUGCCCCAACUACUCCACAAAUGCCUCAUACAUCUACACCAAUCAUCACACGACAGGAAGAAAAGCGACCAAUAAAAACAGAGGUGCUUAAACCAACAGAAAAAUGUAUCAAACGAGAAGGAGACACGUCAACCAGUGAUAACAUAGUAUCAUCAUCCGCAUCACAUACACCCACAGAACAAGAAAACAAGUCAAAUGAAACCCAGUCUCGAUCCCCAUCACGCAGUAGCCAAAAUACACCACUACCUUUCCCAGUUAAUGGAGGAUCGCUGACCAAUCCCAACGUUCCUCUACCCUCAAGUACCCCUACUGAAAAUCCGACAUAUUUCAACAAUCUAGGUCAGAGUGAAAACUGCUAUGAACACGCUGCAAGGCUGCUGUUUAUGGCCGUGAAAUGGGCACGUAAUAUCCCAUCGUUCCUCCAAUUGCCAUUCCGCGACCAGGCCAUACUUCUUGAAGAGUCUUGGUGCGAGCUAUUCAUCCUGAGUGCCGCGCAAUGGUCAAUGCCAGUCGAUAUAGGUACACUGUUAGCGUCACAUGGUAUGAAUCUCAAUGGACCAAGCGACGAAAAGGCCGCGUCUUUCGUCACACAAAUUCGUCUCCUCCAAGACAGCCUUAGCAGAUUUGGAAACAUGAAGAUUGACGCCACAGAAUACGCUUGCAUCAAAGCACUCGUCUUAUUUAAAGCAGAGGCACGUGGAUUGCGUGACCCAAGUCAUGUAGAGACACUACAAGAUCAAGCGCAGGUUAUGCUUCACGAGUACGUCUACAGUCAGUACCCCACCAGUAAAGUCCGCUUCGGUAAAAUCCUUCUUCUCCUCGCCUCACUGAAGUCAAUAAGCUCUAGGUCGAUGGAAGAAAUAUUUUUCAAACGAACAAUCGGAAGUAUUCCUAUUGAGAGGUUAUUGUGUGACAUGUUCAAAUCCAGUUAAAUCUUGAUGUUAUGUAUAGCCCUACUUUAUAGAUGGCGUAAUGGUGUAUGUGUCUACUUUAUAGAUGGCGUAAUGGCGAUAUUGUUCAAGUGAUUUUAACGUGAUAUAUUUAUUGUACCUAAUGAUAGAUGGCGACAUUGUUAAUUGAUGUAAUUGUGAUAUAUGUGGUGUAUAUAUUAUUGAUACUUGGAAAUAUUGUUCAUGUGAUAUAGUGAUGAAAUAUGGGAUGUAUAUAGUAAAAAUGGCCAUAUGAUAUAUAGUAUUAGUUCGAGUAAGUUACUAUAGUAAUUGUGCUAUAUGUAAUGCAGAUUGCGAUAGGCGACCUAGAUUGUUAUCAAACUUAUAAAAUAUUAAUAGCCAUUGUACUCGAUCUGAUUUACUAUUGUACAUAGAUAUGCAUACAUGACAAUAUGUUAAGAACAAUGAAUGUAACACUAGUAGUAUGGGUAGACUACCCACUACUGUCUCUCUAUGCAUGCAAUUUUAUAAUAUCCGCUUUCAAAUCAUAAAAUAGGAAAAUAACCUACAUAAACAUAAUGUGACAGGUUCAUUAUAAAUAAUGGUUGUUUAUGAUGUUUAUGCAACAUGUUUCAUUCCAUUAAGUCAAUAGACCUAGAGGUAUUACCAUAAUGUAUUAUUUACACCUGUAACAAUUGUAUAUUGUAUUCUCAUUUACACAAAUGUUAACCAUAUGUUUUACUAGUUGUAAAGCUUUAUUCAUGUAACAGUAUUUUAGCAGUUAUAUUCUGAUCUCACAAAAUCGGCAAUACAAACAAGCGUGGUACCUCAUCAUAGGACAACGCUGGUGCUUUUUCAAUUUUAUUUAAUUAUACACGUUUUAUUAUUUUUUAACUAAAUAUAAUAGUUUAGAUGAUAGAUGUUAGAAAACUAGAUUCAAUCAUAAUUUAAUGAAAAUCAUUGUAAAUGGAAAUGCUUAUAUAUAACGAAACAACAAUGAAUGAAUUAUGGCAAUAAUUUUUUACGUGAAGCAGAGAUUCAAAUAUAAGACGUAACAAUGCGCAUCUAAGAUGCCACAAUGCGCAUAUAGCGUACAAAAUGACAACGCGCAUGUAAAACAAAACAAUGAGCUUGUAAAACAAUGCGCAUUUAGGACCCUGACUGAUUGCACAUAUUGUGUAAUAACUUGUGUAAAUAAUGGCGAUCAAAUUAAGUAAGACCUUCAAAGAGGCUCUUGGACCAUAUGUUCUGUCUAGUUCACUAAAACAAUAUCAUCUAAUUAUCAUAGAUGACAUUAUAAUGUUCGUGUAUAUAAUAUUUUAGAUGACAUCAUCAUGUACGUGUAUAUAGUAGUUUGAUGACAUCAAAAUGAAUAUGUAUAUAAUAUUCGAUGUUUGUUACUCUUAAAUGUUUGUAAAUAGUGUUAAAAGUAUGAUUUUAAAUACAUUCUUAUGUGUAAAUAUCAGCAAUAAACAUGACGAUUCAAUUAAUUUUUGGGGCAGAGCCAUGCAUUUCUCCCCUGAGUAAAAUUUACUGACAAAUCUGUCACCAUUAGUCAUUACAAUUAUAUUAUAUUUGUUGUAAUAAUGUCAGUAUUAACUAGAUAAGUAAUGUUCACUAUAGUAUUAUAUUGACAUCUUGGUGCUUUAUCACACAGACUUAAUAAAUGUUAAACUUAAAAAUACGGAUGUUUGUUAAUGUGAAUUAUACGAUUAUGAUCUGAGUGAAAAUUGUAACCAAAUAUUGUAACAAG